UUCUUCCCUCGAAGAAAGGAAAAAUUAAAGUGCUGUGAUUAAGCCCGCCUUUAAUCCCCACAAAAAAGAGAAAAAAAAAAUUGUCAGCUUCAUUGCACAGUAAAACUCUCUUUCGCUUUGUACCUGCUGUAUCUAGUUUUCAUCUCUCUCUCUCUCUGUCUCUACCCUCAGUUCUCGAGCUCUGCAUAAGCGGUGGCCAUGUUUGCGUGCUUCGCGGACCAUCGUACCUUAUGCAGAGCCCCUGUUGCAAUUGGAUACCUGUACCUCUUUCUGCUACUCUCUUCUCUCUUCAUAGCACAUGCACAGGUGCUGGACUCAUGUACAGCAGCUACAAAUUGUGGGGCGGGGCUUUUUUGUGGAAACUGCCCUGCUUUGGGCAAGAAUCAACCUGUCUGCACGAGGGGCCAAGCUAUCAUACCCACCUCUAUUAUUGAUGGGUUGCCUUUUAACAAGUAUACGUGGUUAGUGACUCAUAACUCAUUCAGUAUUGUGGAUGCACCUUCUUUGCCGGGUGUUCAAAGACUGACAUUUUAUAAUCAAGAAGAUUCUGUUACUAAUCAGUUAAGGAAUGGUGUAAGGGGACUGAUGCUGGAUAUGUAUGAUUUUGAUGGCGAUAUCUGGCUCUGCCAUUCGUUUCGAGGGCAAUGCUUCAACUUCACAGCAUUUGGACCUGCAAUUAAUACCUUGAGGGAAGUAGAAGCAUUCUUGAGCGAAAAUCCAACUGAGAUUGUGACCAUUAUAAUUGAGGACUACGUGCAUACUCCAAAAGGAUUAAUAAACCUAUUCACAAGCGCCGGUUUAGAUAAAUAUUGGUUUCCUGUCUCCAAGAUGCCCAAGAAGGGUGAGGACUGGCCCACUGUGACUCAGAUGGUACAAGAGAAUCACAGGCUUCUGGUUUUCACUUCUGUUGCAUCUAAGGAAGCAGAGGAAGGCAUUGCUUAUCAAUGGAAGUAUAUGUUGGAAAAUGAGCCUGGGGAUCCUGGGGUAAAACCAGGCUCAUGCCCAAACAGAAAAGAGUCAAAGCCACUUAAUUCCAGAAGUGCAUCUCUUAUACUAGAAAAUUAUUUUCCAACAUAUCCAGUUGAGAGUGAAGCUUGCAAAGAACAUUCAAUUCCACUUGCUCAGAUGGUUGGUACCUGCUAUAAGGCAGCAGGGAAUGUAAUGCCCAAUUUUUUGGCAGUCAACUUUUACAUGAGAAGUGAUGGUGGUGGUGUUUUUGAUGCUUUGGAUAGAAUGAACGGCCAGACAUUGUGUGGUUGUAGUACCGUGACUGCCUGCCAGCCUGGAGCGCCUUUUGGAUCUUGCAAGAAUGUUGCAGUACCUAGUACAAGUCCUGUGACAACUACUACUGCAGGAAGCUUUUCGGGAUCUGUUCAGUUUUCAAGAUCUGCUUCAUCAGCCAUUUCUCCAAAUUGUUUGAUUUUCUAUUUGUUUUCUCUUCUAUUGAUGGCAUUUAUAUUAUGAAUGCAAUGGAUGACUUCCAGGUUAGGUGGUUAAGUAGCUACUCCUUCAGUUAGACAGUCAGUGAGCUACUGUUUAGUAGAGGCUUAUAGUGUCUGUUUGUAUUCUCCGGUCAGGAUUGGUAUAACACGUUCCUGCCUUAUAGAGGAGGUAAAGAAAUACUUAUCAGAGGUAUGAAGUGUGAUUUUAAACAAAGAACUUUUGAGAUUCUUAUUUGGAAGCAAAAAUGAGGACGAGCAAGGAAUCUGAGGUAGAUAGCGGCCAAGAGAUGCCUAGAAUAUGUCAAGAAGUGAUUCAGGUAUGCAGUGUACAUUGUUAAAUUAUUGGCUGCGCUGCAUCCUUAAAAUUGAAUUUUCACCACUUAGUUCUCUGCAGUAGUAAGCUUUCUUGCUGUUUCUUGUGUUUUGCAUCUUGAUUAGGAUAUAACAUCUCUCCAAUGUUAGCAAAUGUACUUCUAAUAAUUCUAGGAAGAUCCAAAAAAGUGUUUUGCUUGCAUAAGCAAAAAUGCAUUAUCCAAGGAACUCUCCUAAAGUAAAUUCAACUAGAGUGAAUUAACUUUGUUAUAUUCCUGCUUUAGCUGAUGAUAAUGUCCGUAAUCAUCCUAAUUGUCAGAAAUGGCAUCUGUAACAUAUUUCCAGUUUGCUACAAUAAAUGCAUUUUAAUACCA